AAUGACAUUAUACAAAUGUAUACUCGCCCUAAAAAAUAUGUAAAUAAACAUGCGAGCUGUCAUUUAGGAAACCCGCCGACGUGUUUUAUUCAGUUCGUGGUGGGAGAAUGGUGAAAAUGAACAACAGUGGGACGGCCGCGAGUUACCGCCAGUGUAUACUUUCUAAUCGCCGCGAUCGGUCUCGAUAUCACACGGAUUAGUUACGCGCGAGUUUCCGAUAGCGAGCUAUGUCUUACGAGGACCUGUACUCCCGCCUGGCGGCCCAUGGCCAGGAACAUUUGGUCAAAUACUGGCCGGAACUGUCCCAGGAUGAGCGCGAACAGCUGGCGAGUGAAAUUAAUAAGUUGGAUUUAGCGGAAAUGACCGAUAUCUUCCAUCGGGCUAUGGAAUCCACUAAAGUGAUUUUAGAGAAAAUCGAUGACGAUUUGAAGCCUAUCCCCCAAACGCACUACGAAUCUGUACCCGGUCUAACAGAGUCCAAGAUCCAGGAGUACGAAAGCAUAGGAUUCAAAGAGAUUUCUGAUAGCAAAGUUGGUGUGUUACUGCUGGCUGGUGGCCAAGCGACGAGAUUAGGUUUCGGACACCCGAAAGGAAUGUACGAUGUUGGUUUACCAUCUAGAAAAACCCUGUUCCAAAUUCAAGCUGAAAGAAUUCUUCGUGUUCAACAAAUGGCUGAAGAACACACCGGAAAAGCAGGUAAUAUCACCUGGUAUAUCAUGACUUCCGAGCACACUCGUGCACCUACAGCAGAGUUCUUCAGAAACCAUAAUUAUUUCGGUUUAAACGAAGAAAAUAUUGUUUUCUUUGAACAAGGACGUUUACCAUGCUUCGAUUUUGACGGAAAAAUAUUCUUAGACGAGAAAUACCACUUGUCGUCAGCGCCUGAUGGUAACGGAGGAAUUUACAGGUCGCUUAAAAGCCAAGGUGUUUUGGACGAUAUCGUUAAACGGGGUAUCAAACAUUUGCACGCACAUUCCGUUGACAACAUCCUAAUUAAGGUUGCCGAUCCAAUUUUCAUCGGUUACUGUAAGACGAAAAAUGCAGAUUGCGCUGCUAAAGUUGUGAGGAAAUCGAUGCCAAGCGAACCCGUAGGAGUCGUUUGUCGUGUUAACGGAUUUUAUAAAGUCGUGGAAUAUUCCGAGCUUACAGACGAAGCAGCAGAGAGGCGUAACCCGGACGGUCAGCUCACAUUCUCCGCUGGCAACAUCUGUAACCACUAUUUCUCAUCCGAAUUCUUACUAAAGAUAUGUGAUUACGAAUCAAAACUAAAACUCCACGUUGCCAAGAAAAAAAUACCAUACGUAGAUUCAAACGGUAUUAAGCAGAAGCCGUCGGAACCAAACGGUAUUAAAAUGGAAAAAUUUAUUUUCGAUGUCUUCGAAUUCGCUAAGAACUUCAUAUGUUUAGAAGUAGCGAGAGACGUUGAGUUUUCUGCAUUGAAAAAUGCUGAUUCGGCUAAGAAGGAUUGUCCAUCGACCACCCGAGAGGAUUUAUUACGGCUUCACAGGAAAUAUAUUCGUCAAGCCGGUGGUAUUAUCGAGGAUGAUAUCGAUGUGGAAAUCUCUCCGUUGCUUUCGUACGGUGGUGAAAAUUUGAAGGAUAUCGUUGAGAGCGUAGAAUUCACCAUGUCUCCAUUCCAUUUGAAGAGUACGCAUGAGUCUAUCACAAAUGGUGUGAAUGGGAAACAUUAGUUGUAUAUACAGGUAAGUUCCUUUAUAGCGUAGAGAUGAAACUGAAUAACUGACAUUGUGCUGAUUUUUAUAGUUUUAUAAUAUAACUGUAAUAAGUUAAUGCAGUGUCGGGUUAAACUGACUGGUUUUU